UGGGAGCGUACUAGUGCCCCACAAUCCGUGCAAAACACGGAUACAAUGCAGCACUCUCGUGCGGACAUAUCGAUCUGGAGCGCAGACGCGGCUUCCACGAUGAGCAAACCGGCCGCGUCGCAGUUCUGCUGUGAGUGCCCAACGACACAGAACCGAUGCUCCGUCGACUCGUGUCCUUGCUUUGCUGCUCGUCGCAUGUGCGAUGAACACUGUGAAUCUGCAAGGUAUCGUGGCGACUGUCUUAAUCAAGCGAUUUGCAAAUGUUCAUGCGAGGUUGACCCAGCGAAACCUGCCAAGAAUGCGUGCUCAAAAUCUGAACGUUGCGAUUGCCUUCGUAUCAAGGAGUCAUGCAGUAAAUUAUGCGCAUGUCGACAAAUAUGCAAAAACAAGGAACCAGAAAAGAAAUUGCUCAAAGUGGGUUUCAUCUUCUUGAUUCGCUUGUUUUCUUAUCAUCACUUCACAAAGCGUCAUCGUUCAACGUCAGAGCUCUACAAUAAUACUGUACAGAAACUUAUACAGGUUAAGAAACCAGCGCAAGCCUGUCAAUGUGCCAAAAGUAAGAAGCAAUGCGUUAAAAAGGAAUGUCCUUGUCGAAGUAUGUAUGAGUUUUGCAGCAGCAGCUGCAAAUGCUCAGGUGACUGCACAAACGGUGCAUCGAAAUUUCAUAUUCCAAAACAUGUACAAAGCUGUUUUUUGGAGCAGAAGCAUGAGAGUAGUGGUCUGAUAGUGACUUUGAUUGGUGAAGAUUACAUCUAUCGAGGUGAUUUCUACCAUGAGAGUAAAAGCGAACCGCACGUUGAGGAACAGCUUGUAGCGGCCAUUUAUGAUCUGAUUUCAAAAUAUAAGGUGGACUUGUAUGAGAUGAUAAUAUACGUGUCGAAGAGUCCUUGUUUCCAUCAAGACUGCGAUCCGAAAUGUGAGGUGGUCGACGAAUGCAAAAGCAAUAAAGCAUGUGCUAAACUACUCGGUCUUCUGUUAUCGAAAGUUCGUAAAGAAUUGAGUAAAGUUGACGUGAAAAUGACUGUCAAGUUCUUAUAUCCACAUUUGAAUCGUGGUGAUUUAUACACGAAACAAGGAAUCCUCUGCAUGUUACAAGCUGGAAUAAAGGUUGAACCAUUAUUGAUGAAGGAUUGGUCGGCUGUUAUGGAUUGGUCACCGCAUUCUGAUCACAAAGGAGAAUAUCUACAGUUAUGGAGUAACCACAAUCUCGACAAAGCAGUUGCUCAGUCACAGUCGUUUAUAAAUGAGUGUCGCCGUGCACUGGGUCUAUCAAUGAAGUUCUGGGUGGCUGAAAUCCAUGAAAUUGUCAAGAAUACAAUUUUAAAUUACUCAGAGAUUCGUGUUAAAUGUGGUGAACUAAAUGACGCGCUCAUGCAGCUGGAUCUCACGGCUACUCCACAUAAAAUCCGUUCAACUCCAAGCAAACGUCGAAGUUUUAUUGAUAUGAUUGAACUGAGGGACAAAUUGUUGUUGAGGCAUUCAAAUGAUUCGAACAAAGGCAAAAACGGGAGCAAUGUGUCAGUGGCAAGCGAUGACGCUCAUGCACAGGCAAUGGUUGCCUCGUUUUGUGGACGUUCAUUUGACGAUGGUGAAACGAAUGAAAUUGCGCAACGAAUACGUCGUGCAACAGCGAACAUCAAUGUCGAAAUAGAAACGUUACUCGAAUUUCUCACACAUAAAGGAGCUGUUGGAUGA